AUGCCUCCCACAAUCCACCUCGUCCGCCACGCCCAAGGCUACCACAACCUCUCCCCCGAAAACGAAAAGCUGCCCGACCCGGACCUCACCCCGCUCGGCCUCCAGCAAUGCGCCGACCUCCGCGCCGCCUUUCCUCACCACGCCCGCCUCCGCCGCCUCGUCGCCUCGGGCAUGCGCCGCACCCUGUACACCUGCCUCCACGCCUUUGCUCCCUCCACUGACGACGACAACACCGACAACAACAACCAAGGCCUGCUGCCCGUCAUCGCCCUCGACACCCUCCAGGAAGUCUCCGACGCGCCCUCCGACACGGGCUCCCCGCUCGCCAAGCUCAAGGAGGAAUUCGGCGACAAGGUGGACUUGAGCAGGAUGCGCGAGGGCUGGAACGACAAGGCCGAGGGCAGCUACUUCGAGCCCACGCUCGAGAAGCUGGCGACGAGGGCCAGGGACGCGAGGAGGGCGCUGAGGGAGAUUGCCGCUGCGUCGGGCGACGACGAUGCCCAUCUUGCCGUGGUUUCGCACGGCGCUUUCCUGCACUUUCUGACGGAGGAGUGGCAUGGCAUCACAAGCACAUAUCCCACAAGCUGGACGAAUUGCGAGUAUCGCACCUAUCAGUUCGUCGAUCCCACCGGCCAGGACCCGGAUGCCGAGCUGCGCGAGACGGACGAGAGCUGGCGCCGGCGUCACGGCAGUCUCAAGGUUCCCUCCGCAGAGGAGCAGCGAGAGCUGCGCGAAAUGAUGGUGCGAGAACUCUCGCCCUUCUUCAAGGUGAAAGGCACCUUGAAGAACUGA